AUGCUAUCAGUACUGCAUAAUGCAUGUAUAGGUGAACGAGGUAAGCAUUUUUCCCAAAAUUUGACACGAGUAAUUAUUUUUUAGGUCAUUUUCCUCCCGAAAUAUGAAAUUUGCUAAUAUUCUAGCCACGUUUUUUUCUGGCGGUCAUAUGUCUUUUUUUAAGCAUUUUAAACUGCCCGUUCAAGGUGUUGCCGUUCCAAGCGCUAAUUAGCAUUCCAUCAAGUAAAUAAUUUGUGAAAAAUGCCGUAAAAAAGUAAAAAAAUGUUUUCUUUAGCGUAACAAAGAAACCAUGGAUUCGAAGACUUGAAGCUUACCUUGUUGUAUUUCGCAGAGUAUUAGUUAAUUUUUUCAUCGGGAAAUAGUCCGCGUUCUGUGUGAUCAACGUAAGAUGAAAACUUGAAAAUAUAGAUUAGGAGUUUUAGUAUAACACGUUUUACGACCUCUUACUAUACAUUUUAUCGGACUCGCUUACUGGGGGAUUAUAUGCAAACAAAUCAGCGUUUUUGCUGACAGUCACAUGAAAUACCCUGAUUAUAUCCGGGAAGAAGCCUCUCAAAAGACUCCAGUACCCACGCUCAGCAAUUACUGUCACAGCUUUGUUCUCUGUAAUUUGCUAAGGUACUUACGAAAUUGCUACCGCUGCGAACAUUUCUACGGCUGGUGCUCACUUAAAGGUUUUUGUCCUGCAUUUAUCAUAGUUACCGAUUUGGUAAACAUAAUGCAGGUGGUAUUAAGCUGCGACGACUUUUGGCUGGGCGAUAAGACGGUCGCUACUUGCUGUAAGGCUUAUACGGCAAUAUCUACGCAAGAAAGUCAAACCAGUCUGUGCCUAUCUGCAACUGAAAUUACACUUUGCGUGUACUUAAGGCCGCCUGGUGUUGCUCUGAGACGUAAUCAAUAACUUUGAUACAUACCUUAUUCAUGCCCUGACUUAAACCACCAGAGGAUCAACAAAGCUGGUAAGCGUUAGAUUGAUCGCUAACGCCAGUCUUAUCUCGAGCUUUGCCAAACCUCAGAAUUAGACCGAAGCCCGCAAGAAAUUGUCUCGGCAACUUCUUGCCUAUGGUUAAAGGCAUAACUGACCCCAAUGUUAAAAAUAAUCGUGAUCAUGACUGCAAGAAAAAGUGAAACUCGUAGACUGAUCUUAACUCCGAGGAUAUGCAUAACCCUUUCUGGAACCACGUCCUACCCGUCCUUGUUUCCCACAAUUUAGGCUUUGCAUGCAACCAAUGACUGUAAGUCCAUAUUAUAACACGAAUGUAAACCUAAUCUUCAAACUUUUAUCCUAUGCCUAUUACCAAUCAAAAGUUAGGAUGGAAACUUGGCAGCAAGGGGGAUCAUUAUCAUAGCAUUCAGUUCUACGGCUUAUCUAAAUUGCAAUCCUAUAAUCGAUUAUUUUGACAUAGUUUCUUACGUUCAAAGGUGACGGUGGCACAGGAGAAGUAAUGCAGCGGAUAGUCUAGUCAACAAAGGAAAUCGGGCAUACAGUUCAAGCUACUAAUGGCUUUCCUUUCGCAGACGAUGUUGCCAAACCUCAGGACAUUUUCUGCUCUCACCACUGUAAAUGCUGAAACCAGCUCACGAAUUGUUCUUGGGAAUGUUAAACGAUCUUUCUAUCAAGACUGAUCAGGAGCUGCCAGUAGGAAGACCGUUUGUCCUACUGAGCCGAGUGCAAUAGCAAGCGAGGAAGGUGAUAUUGCCUUUUGACGUCCAACUUAUAAAAUCACCAAUGUCUGGAGAUAUUUCUUUAUAUUCGGGCACAUAAAUUACAGUGAGAAAGUGGGCUUUUCGGUGAAGACUGCAUUGGAAAAGUAUGUUGCGUGCUGUUAAGCAGCACUCCUUCGGGAAGAUAGCCAUCCUAAUGGAUCUGAUUUAGAAGUGCAGGCAGGUGAACUUAAGUUGGUAGGCAAAGAUUUAACGCCGGACACUGAAGACGGCAUGAUAUCGUAUGUUUGUGCGAAAAGCGAUAUCUGCAGCUUACAAUUUAGCGCUUAAGCGGUUGAAUUGAGCAUUUUUAUACUGCUCGUCAGAAAAUCGGUUUUUGCUGGAACCAGCAUCGUAUUAGCCGACCUAACGGGCCAACAUUUACCGCCGAUGAGCUACAAACGGUCCCUGCAGGCCGUUCGAAGAGCAUUGCUUACCCUGUAAAAGUGUACUGAAAUCGAUUCAAAUCAAUUCUUCGCAGUGAUGAGCCGCUGGAUUUAAGAAGCAUAGGAACGCACGACGAAGAUAGACAGCGCUUUUUGAAAACUCCGUUAUGAAAGCAGUCGAAAAUAAAAGAUGCAUGUCAUUCGUACGAAGCUUUUAAGACACGCCUAAAGUCUGGAAACAAGGCCUAUGUGGAACAAUAAUGCGGUGAAAAUUCUGGCACUCUUAAAUCUUGCGUGGUGGAGAGAGGGUUUUGAAGUGCAGGUGGAAGGGUAGGGCAGUUGAAGGGCUGCGGUGUACAAACUUAGAUUGAGAAUAAUUUUGCGUUUAGAAGCGGCCGCUUGAAAAAUAGCUCUGUUUCACCAAUUUUGGUGGUACAUCUGGGAAUCUUUUUGUAUGAAAAAGCUGUGAUGACAGUGCCUCAUAUAUUAUAAGAAAAGCUUUAAAGGACCGAUAACUGUCCAGACCCUAGCUACUCAGGUACAGGUUGCGCAGAAGGGAACGCAACACUCAGCAGUUAACAAUUAAUUUCAGUGGAAAAAGCCUUUGUAAAAUGUGCACCUCAAGUUUGCUUUUCGUUGAUUUAUUACGGUUCAAUGGAGGACGGGAUCUAUUUCUGACCAACUUAUGGUCUAAAGUUGUUUUUUUUUCACCAAUGGAUCAAUCGGCCGGCAGUGGGACGUACUGAUAUCGCUCAAAAAGUAUGAAAUCCAGUCCAAAGACUGUGGCCACUCAUCGGAGCACGUUUUGCACUUGAUGUAUAUUCCCCUUCUCAGGGUAGUCAACGUGAUGUAAGUUAGAAAUAUGGCUUAGUUUACAGCCUGCGAAUAAGCGAGUUCUCUUCUUUGUAGUUCUUGUCCUUUUUCACGGGUGAGUACUAACCCUUCUUCAUGCUUUCGGACCGCUCCACAGUAUAAAGACAUGCAAGUUUGUCACUAAUUCGGCUCUACUUAGGUAUGUUUUCUUCCGUUUGGGGACAUUCUAAAUCGUUUGGGCAGCCAUUUACCAGUCUGUCAUGCAUUUCUGUUACGAUGAUGUGAUUUCAGUUCUAAACAUUCGGCCAUACGCCGACGAAAGAAGUAGACCUGACGUUUGACCGAAUACUUCCUGGUUGUGCUUUCAUUGGUAGCUCUAGAAAUAUGCCCUCAUUUGAUGAGCCGAAGUUCACCAAUGUAAUUAUCAAUGAACCCUGACCCUAAUGCCCCCGUACUAGCUACAUUCGAAGUAUACAAGGGCAUCAAUGAAUAAUUAUUAACCUGUAAUAAUACCGCAUUUGUAAUGCAGAAUAAAAGAGGGUUGAGAACGGCAUCCUGGAAAAUUUCCAGUCAUGCACGUGGAAUGGAGCCGAGACAGACAUAGUGCAAGAAAUUGGGGAGACGAGGGACACAACCCUCGCUUCUCACUCUUCCUUUAUGUAAGAAACUUGCGAAGACGACAGAAAGAACCAUUGUGAAAACACUGGGCAGGCGUAGAUUAAUGCGCUUUACACAUUUCUAAGGGGAGCAGCUAUAAUUCAAUAUUAUGAUUGGUUUGGAGGUUUAUUCGCAAACAGGGUAAGUUUAAAAGUUGCGUACUUUAAACUCUAUGCAAAAUUUUACUCCAAUUCUUAAAUAUUGCCUAACACUUAUAAAUCCUACGACGGCCAUUUAUAAGCAAGACACAUAUAUUCGUAUACUGCACAUAAAGGGACUGAUUCAAAAGUGCAAUUAAUGUUCGAGGCACAGUGUUAAAGCCUACUCUCGCGGCUCUUCUAAAAUUUAAGUCUUCUUGCCAAAAUAAGAUGGCACGUAUGUUUUCGUCCGUUUGGGGACAUUCUAAAUCGUUUGGGCAGCCAUUUACCAGUCUGUCAUACAUUUCUGUUACGAUGAUGUGAUUUCAGUUCUAAACAUUCGGCCAUACGCCGACGAAAGAAGAAGACGUGACAGUUGACCGAAUACUUCCUGUUUGUGUUUUCAUUGGUAGCUCUAGAAAUAUGCUAUCAUUUGAUGAGCCGAGGUUCACCAAUGUAAUUAUAAAUGAACUGAAUUAUCCUGAGAAACAAUUAAGCGAAUAUGUUUCCUCGUUAGGUGGUUAUAUCGCUGUCACUAUGUGUACCUCUAAUGUCCCACUGUUAUUUCUUCGGGACGCAGAGUGGUAGAGUUGAAAUUAUCUGGUCUCUUGUAGGACACCUUUGAAAAGUGCUGAAAGUUUAUUUUUUGUCUUCAUUUUCGCCAAAACGUCCGAUAGACUAUAUCUAGGAAAUAGAAGUCGGUAUCAAUUAAACGAUUGAUGUGUAGUUAAUUUUUUCAAUGUGUUUUAACCUUCCAUUAAAGUCACAUGUUGCUAUACGGUGAGAUGUUACCGGAAAUGUUCUAAUCGGAAUGUAGUAAAAUUAGCAACCAACUAUUUUGCGACUAUUUUAAAGUUCCAUAUACUGGCGCGUAGGGCAUUUCCUAGUGCAAUUUUUUUCAAAAAGGCAAAAGUAUCAGUGUCAAUCGGACUUUUGUGGCUUGUAGGCGACCUCCUGACGUUCCUUAGGGACGCUGCUGAAAGCACAACGAACCUUAUUGAAGUGCUCGAGAGGGCGCGUGGCGAGUUCGUUAAAAUACGUAAUGAUUGCCUCAUAGCAUCGACUGUGGGAACGUCAGCCUCAACCUUAGGAACCGUCCUGUCCGUAAUCGGAUUGAUUGGGCUACCGAUUACUCUCGGGGCUUCGUUAGCACUGACUAG